AAGACGCGACGUGCCUUUGAACGCGGGCCUCUCAUUAUUCCCACCCCACACCCGAGGCGUCGUGAACAUUGCAAAUCAACAAAUGAUAAUUACUUUUACUGUUUAAUUGGUGAGCGCCAUUUUUUGCUCACCGCUGCAGCAAUUUGUUGCAAAAAAUGCCUGCUGCAACUUUACCUGCCCCGAAACGGGUGUUGGGAGAUAGCACCAAUAACAAACAGAACGUUGCUUCAUCUCCAAGUGCUGCCAAGAAAAGAAAAUUGGACGCAUCCAGUGGACAGUUCAAACAUCCUCAGAAUGGAGGCAAGCUUGGAUCAAGUCAACCUAAGAGUCAAUUCGAGGAGGAAGUGCUGGAAAAACUGACCCAGGAUAUCAACGGUUUGAAGCAGAAGAAUGCGGAAAGAGAUCAGCAAUGGGACCGUCCAGAUCUUGGUGACUUUGACCCAGCACACGACAAUCUCAUUUUCCAGCAGAUAGAAGCUGAAGAAGGUUCACUUCAUGGCGGGAAAACAACUGUCAAAUUAUUUGGUGUCACAGAGAGAGGAAAUUCAGUCCUGCUUCAUGUCACCGACUUCUUACAUUACCUAUAUGUUGCCGCGCCUGUCUCGUUUGGUCCAGUUGACUGCGAGGGAUUCAAGGCCUACCUGGAGACACAGUUGGCGCAGCAUCAGCCGACGAUAUACUCAGUGCAGAUGCUCAUGCGGGAGAAUCUGUUCGGCUUUCAAGGCAAUCAGAAGAGUCCUUACCUGAAGAUUACGGUUACCGAUCCUAAAUAUAUCAAUCGGCUACGAACGACCAUUGAGACGGGUGCGGCAAAUUACAAGGGCCUGUGGAAGGGGGUUGAAGGUGGCAUAUUGACCUUUGACAGCAUCGAAUAUGUGCUUCGGUUUAUGAUUGAUACCAAGAUUUCUGGCAUGUCUUGGGUCGAAGCACCGGCUUCCAAGUAUCAUCUCAUUCCCGAACGUGAUAGGCAAUCAAAUUGCCAAGUUGAGGCUUUCAUCCACUUUCGAGACCUUAUCGCGCACGCAAACGACGGAGAAUGGCUGAAGAUGGCCCCUCUUCGUAUCCUUUCGUUUGAUAUCGAGUGCGCGGGUCGCAAAGGUAUCUUUCCAGAAGCCAAUGUCGACCCGGUGAUCCAAAUUGCCAAUGUUGUCACCAAGUACGGAGAGGAUAAGCCGUUUGUGCGAAAUGUCUUCUGCCUUGACACCUGCAGUCUGAUCGUCAACACACAAAUUUUUGAGUUUGACGCGGAGGAGAAGAUGUUAAUGGCAUGGCGGGAUUUUGUCAACCAGGUCGAUCCCGACGUCAUAAUUGGCUAUAACAUUUCCAACUUCGAUUUCCCGUACCUGCUGGAUAGAGCGAGACAUCUAAAGUGCUCAAAAUUUCCUUACCUGUCGCGACUCAACAGUGUGUUAUCACAUGCCAAAGAUACCAACUUUUCGAGCAAGCAAAUGGGAAAUCGAGAUACAAAGUCAACAAACACGAACGGGCGACUUCAACUCGAUCUUCUUCAGCUCGUUCAGCGUGAUCAUCAGCUGCGUAGUUAUACGCUCAAUUCGGUCUGUGCGCAUUUCUUGGGCGAGCAAAAGGAAGAUGUGCAUCACACAAUGAUCACAGAGCUUUUCAACGGCACACCGGAAUCACGACGAAGAUUGGCAGUCUACUGUUUAAAAGACGCUUACCUGCCGCAGCGGCUCAUGGACAAGUUAAUGUGUCUUGUCAAUUAUACUGAAAUGGCGAGAGUCACGGGAGUGCCAUUCAACUAUCUAUUGUCACGAGGUCAGCAGGUGAAGUUCAUCAGUCAACUUUUUAGAAAAGCGCUAGAGCAGCAGCUUGUCAUUCCGAACCUAAAGAGGGAGGGCUCCGAAGACCAGUACGAAGGCGCCACUGUCAUUGAGCCCAGUAGAGGGUACUACGACGUUCCGAUUGCUACCCUCGAUUUCGCGUCUCUUUACCCAAGUAUCAUUCAGGCCCACAAUCUCUGCUACACGACGCUGUUAAACAAGACGAGCGUGGAGAAACUCAACCUACAAAAGGAUGAGGACUAUAUCGUCACGCCCAACGGAGACAUGUUUGCCACCGCCAAAGUCCGCAAGGGCCUUUUGACACAGAUUCUCGAGGAACUUUUGACUGCCCGAAAAAUGGCAAGGAAAGAGUUGGCAGUGGAAAAGGAUCCUUUCAAAAAAGCUGUCUUGAACGGUCGUCAGUUGGCCUUGAAGAUCAGUGCCAACAGUGUUUACGGUAUUACUGGCGCAACAGUUGGAAAGCUCCCAUGUCUGGCCAUUGCUAGUAGUACGACCAGUUACGGACGACAAAUGAUUGAGAAGACCAAGGACGAAGUCGAGAAGCGGUACACCAUUGCCAACGGUUAUUCGCAUGAUGCUCAAGUCAUUUACGGAGAUACCGAUUCCGUUAUGGUCAAGUUUGGACCAAAAGAGCUCGAAAAGGCCAUGGAAAUGGGUCAGGAUGCCGCAGAAUAUGUAUCGUCGAAAUUCGUCAAGCCCAUCAAGCUCGAGUUCGAAAAGGUGUAUUUUCCGUAUCUCUUGAUUAACAAGAAACGAUAUGCCGGAUUAUUCUGGACCAACCCGAAUAAAUACGACAAGAUGGACAGCAAAGGAAUCGAAACAGUCCGACGCGACAAUUGCCGGCUGGUGCAAAAUGUCAUUGAGACGGUAUUGCGUAAGAUUCUGAUAGACCAGGACGUUCAGGGCGCGCAAGACUACGUCAAAGACACCAUUUCAGACCUCCUUCAAAACAAAAUCGACAUGUCGAAAUUGGUCAUUACCAAGGCGCUGUCCAAGAGCGACUACACCGCCAAGCAAGCUCACGUCGAACUCGCCGAGCGCAUGAAGAAGCGUGAUGCAGGAUCAGCUCCGACACUUGGUGACCGUGUUGCCUAUGUCAUUGUCAAAGGCGCCGGCGGAUCCAAAAACUACGAGCGGUCCGAGGACCCCAUGUUUGUUCUCGAGAACAACUUGCCCAUCGACACGAAAUACUACCUUGACAACCAACUAGCCAAACCACUUGGCCGUAUCUUCGAGCCCAUCUUGGGCGAAAAGAAAGCCGGUCAACUCCUCACUGGCGAGCACACGCGAUCUAUUUCCGUUGCGGCUCCCACCGUCGGCGGACUCAUGCGUUUCGCAAAGAAGACCCAGACUUGCUUGGGCUGUAAAAAGCCACUGGUCGGCAAAGAAGAAAGCGAAGGUGCCGUGUGUGCUGACGAUCGUCCCCGUAUCGGCGAACUCUACCAGCGGUCGCUCCAAAAAGUGUCCGAUCUCGAAGUCCGCUUCGGCCGCCUCUGGACUCAAUGCCAGCGCUGCCAAGGAAGUAUGCACUGCGAGGUCAUCUGUAGUAGUCGCGAUUGUCCCAUUUUCUAUAUGCGCAUGAAGGCGAAGAAGGACGUGGAAGACGGAGGCAAGGAACUAGCGAGAUUCGAUCGAGACAUUGCCGCCUGGUGAUCAAUUUGUCUCGUGUCUGUCCUUUUUAAUCCUUUGAUCAAGGCUUUUCUUCGUUGAUGAGACUGGGCCAGGCGUUGCGGACGGAGAACAUGCGGUACAACCUCAACGCACUGGUUCGGGUGCUCCUGUGUCAUCAUUCUCUUAUGCGUUUUUUGUCUCCUCACUCAUGCUCCUUUGUUUUUCGUAUAUAGUAAGCGCCUAAGCAGGGCCGCACUUUGUCAUUAUACCAGCAUUACGGGCGUUGUAUCGGGUCGAAGGCCAGGAAAUAGGGAUAAUGAUUUGACUAAUAUGG